UCCAGGGACCAUGCUGGAGGAAACGAGAAGCUUGUAAAGAUGGAGCCAGGGUUGCGCGUGUACGGGGGAGACAGCAGAGUCGGAGCCCUGACGCAGAAAGUGUCUCACCUGACAUCGCUCAAGGUGGGAUCUCUUAAUGUGAAAUGCCUCUGUACGCCGUGUCACACUUCUGGACACAUCUGUUAUUAUGUGACUAAGCCAAAUAGCUCCGAGCCACCUGCAGUUUUUACAGGUGACACGCUCUUCGUGGCUGGCUGUGGAAAAUUCUUUGAGGGAACCCCGGAGGAAAUGUACAGAGCGCUGAUUGAGAUUUUGGGCAGCUUGGACCCUGAAACGAGAGUUUACUGCGGUCACGAAUACACGAUCAACAAUCUCAAGUUUGCUCGACACGUCGAACCCAAUAAUGUCUCUGUCCAGGAAAAGCUUGCUUGGGCCAAGGCGAAGUAUGACAGCGGGGAGCCCACCAUCCCCCCCCCCAUCGCGGGAGAGUUCAUCCCCUCCACCAUCGCGGAAGAGUUUACGUACAACCCCUUCAUGCGAGUGAGAUGGAAAACGCUUCCUCGUCCGGCCGGGGAGCCCGACCCCAUCCGAACGAUGGGCGCCAUCAGAAAAGAGAAGGAUAACUUCCGAGUCCCGAAGGACUGA